AUGUCUCCCAAAAACAGGAAGAAAGCUCCCCGCCAGAAAAAGCAAUCCUCCGACUCGUCGACCUUAACAUCCCCAAUCGCAACUACCAAUUACCGAGAAAUCCACCUUAAUGAGGUGGCAGCACUUCGCUCAAUCUAUGGCGAUGACUUUGAAGAUGUCGAAAAUCGGCCAUCUGCAUGGCAGCAAUCCUCCAACGUGAUUUUCAAGCUCCACCUCAGAGCCUCCUCCAACCCAGAUAUCUGUCUAAGGCUUCUAGUUGAACUGCCCGCUACCUACCCUAAAAGCGUCCCCAAUCUCUCACUGAAUAACCUUGACGAUUUUCGCGAUGGGGCCCGCUCCCGCAUUCAAGAGAUUAUUCGCGAAAAGCCCGUGUCCCUUCUGGGUUCUGAAAUGAUUUACGAAUUGGCGGUCUCAAUUCAGGAUAUUCUGGAAGAUGUAGCGCAAGCGCGUGAGCAGAAUAAAGACCUACCGAGUCUGGAAGAGGAGCGGAUGGAACAAAAAGCAGCAGCCAUCCAGCGCGCGGAGCUUGAAAAGCAAGAGGAAAUCCGCAAACAGGAAGCUGCUAGCGCGGCAGAGGAGCACGCUUUGCAAGCAAUGCUUCAAGACAAGAUCCGGCAGCGGAACAGAGUGCGAGCUUUGCGACGAAAGAGCCGCACGAGUGGGGUGGAUUCCAAUGAAGUGGAUGAUCUUGUGGAGAACACACCGGGUGCUAUCUCCUUUGACCCGCCGGUGGCGGUACAUGACACUGAUGGGCAACCACUGGUGUUCCGUGCCGUGCAUGGAAAAACGCUACUGCGCUCCAACCAGGCGAAGACAACGUACACUGUGAGACCAGUUGUAUCUGAAGGUCGAUGUCAUGUCCCGCAAUUAGUUCUCAAGGAGAUAUUCCUAGAUGAGAAAAGCUCCAAUGUUGUGUCAUUCCGUGAACAGAUGCGAACCAGCGAGGAUAAAUUGGAGAGCUUGAAACGACUUCGGCACCCCAAUGUAGUUGAUUUUGUAGGAUUCAAAAUCACUCGUCCUCUCAGCGACUUCAAUUCAUCGGACGACUUGUGGACUGUAUAUGCUCUCUUUGAGCAUGCCAAUAAAGGCUCGCUCUCGGAACUUCUGGAUAUUGUCGGAACUGUUGCGGUUGAGACACUCCGCAGCUGGAUGAUUCAACUUCUUGAAGCCUUAGAAUUCUACCGCCGAAGUGGAUUUGUUCAUGGAACUAUCAACUGUGGUCGAGUCAUGAUAUUUAGGAAUGAGUCUGGUGCAACGACUGUUAAGCUAGAGUCCAGCGUGGAAGAGGCUCUGCCAGACUCUCCCGGUACAAAGCGUUCUCUGAAUGCAUCCAAGUCACCAUUAUGGCUUCCCCCUGAGCUGACCCAGGAGGGCGCUCUACCAACCAUGAAGACUGAUGUCUGGGACCUGGGCAUUGUUUUGCUGCAGAUGGCAUUCGGAAAAGAUGUUUUGUUGAGAUAUACCUCGGCCAACCAAUUAAUGGUCUCCUUGGGUCUCUCUCCGCCGCUGCAGGAUCUGCUUCGAGAGUUCUUCCGACCAGAUCCCAAGAAACGUGCGACUGCUUUUCAGCUGCUGCCAUCAGAGUUCUUCCGGGUCGAUGCGCCACUGACAAUGCGUGAGAGAACCUCCAACUCUGUAUCCAUGCAGAGGAGACCCCGACUGGACUCUUUUGGUACACUGCCGACUUUUUCGCGAUACCACCACGAUUUUGAUGAAGCGGGUCACCUUGGACGAGGUGGAUUCGGACAAGUUGUCAAAGCAAGAAACAAACUCGAUGGCCGAUUUUAUGCCGUCAAAAAGAUCACUGAGUCCUCCGCUCCAGCGUUGAAAGAUACACUAUCUGAGAUCAUGCUUCUUUCGCGAUUGAAUCACCCCUACGUCGUUCGGUAUUAUACCGCAUGGCUAGAGGAAGAUUUUCAUCACAUUUAUGAAGAGGCCAUUUCAUCUACCGAAGGUGAAUCGUUUGGCAGCCGGGAUAAUCAUGAAUUAAGUCCGGGGGGUCUUGAUUUCAUUAGUUCCAGCGGGUAUCCGAAAAUUGAAUUCGCUGCCAGUGAUAGUGACGACGAAAACGAGGGAACAAUCUCGGAUGGUCGUCAACAAGAAUCGCCUGGAUGGUUUGGAACGGACAGCAAAGAUAGUACUGAGCUCAGCCAUACUAGAUCUGGCUCAUAUGGUCGACCUGUCUUGAACACUCUAUACAUUCAAAUGGAAUAUUGUGAAAAGCAUACUCUGCGAGAUCUGAUCAAGAACGGACUAUGUGAUGACGUUGAUCGGUCGUGGCGCUUGUUCCGACAGAUUCUUGAUGGACUGAGCCAUAUUCACAGUCAUGGUAUCAUUCACCGCGAUCUGAAACCGGAUAACAUCUUCAUUGAUGUUGCCAACAACCCCCGCAUUGGUGAUUUUGGUCUCGCCACCAGCGGCCAAUUCACGACAGCAGUACGUUCGUCUGCCCCAGGUGAUUAUGAUGGCAAUUUCACCCGUAGUCUGGGAACGACCUACUAUGUCGCACCGGAAAUGAAGUCGGGCAUUUCGGGUCAAUACAACGAGAAAGUUGAUAUGUUUUCCCUCGGUGUCAUAUUCUUCGAGAUGUGUCACCCGCUGCCGACGGGUAUGGAGCGUGAUCAAACGCUUCGAGCGAUCAGAGAGCCCAACCACAAACUUCCAUCUACUUUUGAACAAUCUGAAAAGCUUAUUCAAGGCCAGAUCAUUGAGUCUCUUCUCAACCAUACGCCUAGCGAACGGCCAACAGCUGCCGAACUUUUGUCUAGUGGAAGAAUUCCUCUCCAGGUUGAAGAAGAGACUUUCCGACGUGCAAUUGUGCAUCUGCUUUCCGAUCCAAACUCACCUGAUUACAAAAAAAUUCUUUCUGCGAUAUUUUCUCAAUCGCCGAAGAAAUUCGAGGAUAUCGCUUGGGAUAUGGAGACUCACGGGGCGCCGGCUGCGAAUGAGCUAGUCGUUACAGGCCUUGUCAAGCAGAAGUUAACAUCGAUCUUCCGAAGACAUGGUGCAGUGGAAUCGCCGAGACAAAUGCUAUUCCCACGAUCCCACCAUUAUUCCAAUAAUUCCAACAGGCCCGUGCGAUUGUUGGACGUUUCCGGUAAUCUUUUGCAGCUGCCGUUCGAUCUCACCCUCCCAAACGCGCGUGCAAUUCCCCGACAGGAUCGCUCGCUGGAGAAGACAUUUGCUUUUGGAACUGUUUACAGGGAUUCGACUCACGGAAGUGAGCCCCGGUCCCAUCGUGAGGUGGACUUUGAUAUCGUUUCCUACAACACUUUAGAUCUUGCUCUUAAGGAGGCCGAGGUUAUCAAAGUGUUAGACGAAAUCAUUGAGGAGUUCCCACCUCUCCGGUCUUCUUCAAUGUGCUUCCUUGUCAAUCACUCUGAUCUCCUACAGCUUAUCAUGGAGUUCUGCCGCAUUACUCCUGCUCAAAUUCCCGCGGUGAGAGACGUUAUCAGCAAGCUCAAUGUCGGAAAAUACACGAUGCAAAAAAUUCGAAGUGAACUCCGGUCUCCGACGAUUGGUGUGGCAUCUACCUCCCUCGAUGACCUUGCUCGUUUUGAUUUCAAAGACACGCCGAAAGAAACGCAGCGAAGACUUCAAACUAUCAUGGAAGGCACUGAAUAUGCAGACCGAGUUCCCGCCAUCUUUGCUCGUUUGAAUAUGCUCAUGGCUUACCUGCAAAGCUUUGGUGUGAAACGCAAGGUCUACAUCAACCCACUAAGCAGCCUGAAUGACAAGUUCUACCGAGGCAGCAUCCUCUUCCAAUGCGUAUUCGAUGCAAAGCGCCGCGACGUUUUCGCCGCCGGUGGCCGAUACGACCGCUUGAUCCAAGAGUUCUCACCGAAAGCCGUAUCCAACCGACCACAAGCCCACGCCGUCGGAUUCAACCUCAGCACCGAUACACUCAGAUCCUUAACGAUCACAUACCUCGAAAAAAGAACACCACCCAAAGAAACAGACUCCGGCGCCGAACUCUACUGGACAGCCCGUAGAUGCGACGUCCUAGUCUCCAGCUUCGACCCAACCGUCCUCCGCACGACAGGCAUUAAAAUAGUCGAAGACCUCUGGACAAAUGACAUUAGUGCCGAAUUAGCCGUGGACGCCUCAUCCCUCGAGGAGUUGAUGGUCAAAUACCGCGAACACAACCACCGCUGGAUCGUAAUCGCCAAAGCAGACAGCAAAGAGCGCGGUUACAAAGUCCGCAACCUAGUCCGUCGCGAAGAAUUCGAUAUCCGGGCUUCGGAACUGAUUUCCUGGCUUCGAUCAGAAGUCCAAGCCCGUCACCACCGCGAAGGAGCAGAACCACGUCAAUCCCGCCAACCAAACCAACAAGAUUCCAUCCAGUCAAACGAGAAGGCGAACAACGUUCGCAUUCUUGUCCCGCAGCACCGAAGCAAAAAGACAAACCGAAGAAAUAUUGUCGAGUCGGCUUUACUCUCUUCGAGGGAGGUUGCUGAUAAUGCCCGGAAUGGACCCGUUGCUGCUAUCGAUACCCGUGAUGAGGUUCUGGCUGCUAUUCGCGGUACGAGACUUUCGGAUACGGAGAGUUGGCGGAGUGUCAUUCAGAAUGCUCCGCUUACUGAACGGAAGUAUCUAAGUCAGGUUUAUGAUCUGCUUAUGGAUUUCGGCUCUGAGGCUCGAUCGAGUGAGAGGCCUGAUAGUUACACCAAUGCGUUCAUCUACAACUAUCGGACUGGGUCGUGUGUGUACUAUGACCUUGGUUGCAGCGACAGAUGA